AUGUUCCGAAAUGGAGGAUUUGAUGCAAAAGAAAGGGUACUCACUCUCGUCCUCACAAACAGUUAUUCCGAAGAAGAGUGCAAUCGAAUGGUCUCUGAAUUCCGUAGGAAACUUCUCGACAACCUUGAUGAGACGGUCGAAAUAGAAUUGGACGAGUUUGGACGUCCAAGGUCAGAAUCUGAUAAUUUACAAUUUAGUACUAAAGGGAGUCACCAGUUGGCUGUAGCCACCAACAAGAGGAAUGAAAUGCUCAGAGACGCAUUCGGACUUGACGAGUCAUAUGAUCGAAUAUCUUCUUUGUCGAGAAUUCCUUUCAAGAAGAAGGGAGAGAUCGAGUCUGCGAAGGUCGAUGUCAAUCCCCCUCAGGCGAUUAUUUCGAAUGAGGAAUUGGAGCGGCAAAAACUUAAAGAGCUUAAAAAGUCUAAGAAACUGGAGAAAAAGGCACUGAAAUUGGAAAAGAAGGAAAAACGGAAGGCGGAGAAGGAAAAAGCGAGAAAGUCCAAGUUUGGACUAAAAAAAUAUUUUUAG